AUGGAGGCUGUUAUCGAAAAGGACUGCAGUGCACUUGGGGGACUCUUCCAAACUCUUAUCGGAGACAUGAAGAGUGGCUACCCUAUUUGGGAAGACUUUAUCACCAAGGCCGGAAAACUACAGUCACAGUUCAGAGCCACUGUGGUCGCCUUGGCUGCCUUCUUGGAUGCCUUUCAGAAAGUGGCUGACCUGGCAACCAAUUCAAGAGGAGGCACCAGAGACAUCGGAUCAGCUUUGACCAGGAUGUGCAUGAGACAUCGCAGCAUUGAAGCUAGAUUCAAACAGUUCUCCAUGACCUUUCUGGAGGCUCUGAUCAACCCCCUACAAGAACAGACGGAAGAAUGGAAAAGAGGUGUCUACACUUUGGAUAAGGACCAUGCCAAAGAUUAUAAGAGAGCUCGACAGGAGAUCAAGAAAAAGUCAUCAGACACACUUAAACUUCAGAAGAAAGCAAAGAAAGUUGAUGUUUUAGGUCGUGGCGAUAUCCUACCCCAGUUGGACUGCGCGAUGCAGGAUGUCAGUGACAAAUACAUUCUUCUGGAAGAAAUUGAGAAAGAGGCCCUCAGGAAAGCACUAAUAGAAGAAAGACAGAGAUUUUGCUCUUUUGUAGCUAUGCUGCACCCUGUAGUGGAUGAAGAGAUUUCAAUGUUGGGAGAGAUCACCCAUCUCCAGGCAAUCUCUGAUGAUCUCAAAUCUCUAACCUCUGAUCCCCACAAGCUCCCCCCUGCCAGUGAACAAGUGAUCUUGGAUCUUAAAGGUUCAGACUGUAAUUGGUCAUACCAAACUCCCCCCUCAUCCCCUAGCACCACUACAUCCAGGAAGUCCAGCAUGUGCAGUAGUCUAAACAGUGUUAACAGUAGUGACUCCAGGGGCUCAAACGGCUCUCACUCUCAUUCUCCUUCCUCCUCUUCUUCCUCCUCUUCCUCAAACCACCUCUUCCAUCAUCAUCAUCAUCAACCUCGCCAACGGUUCCGCAGCUCCACGUUAUCCCAGCAGGCCCCAGCUCGCCUUUCCAGCGUCUCCUCCCAUGACUCUGGCUUCAUGUCUUCAUCGCAUGACCAGCACACAUCUUCCAAGUCAUCAUCACCAAUGCCAGCUAAAAGCAAGCCUUGUGCCAGUUCCAGCUCCUCUGAUAUGUCAGAGUCCGGGCACCUUCACAGUGAGUUGAUCGGUGGUCCCACUCCACUAGCAGCAGCAACUGUUGCUACACUUCCGCUCUCUAUUGACAAGUUGUCCAAUGGCUUUGACCACUACAGCCCGGCUAACUCACCUAUCAAUGGUGGGAGUUUAAGCUCAGGCUCCAGCACAGCCUUCCCGUUCUUCCCUCCCUCCUCCACUUCAUCCUCCUGCCCAACACGGUCAUGGUCACGUCCCGCCUCAGCACUGCUGCCAGACUUCCCUCACAACUGCCCGAUGGGCUCUCUCAUGGUCCCUUCUUCUCGUGUUCCUAGCUGGAAGGACUGGGCAAAGCCAGGGCCAUAUGACCAGCCAAUGGUAAAUACAUUGCGAAAGAAGAAGGAUAAGGUGUCUCCAGCUGUAUUGGACAGUAAUGGUGUAACAUACAGAGAAAUCAGUACACCGCAAAGCCUUUCAACCACUACUCCAGCUCCAGCUGAAAUGCAAACACCUAAAAAGUUGUCUUUGGAACCAAGGAACGGGAUAUCACCAGUAAAGCCUGGCGAGUUUGAGGCCCAUGAUGAACUAGCUGUGGCCCUAUCAAGAGGCCUGGAACUUGAUACCCAGAGAUCCAGUCGGGAAUCAAUCCAGUGCUCCAGCGGAUACAACACUCAGACGAAUACACCCAGCUGCUCUGAGGAUACAAUACCCUCACAAGUCUCAGAUUACGACUAUUUUACAAUGGCCGGGGAGCAGGAUCCUGAACAACAGCAGUCAGACUUUGACAAGUCUUCCACUAUCCCUAGAAACAGUGACAUUGGCCUGUCGUACCGACGCAUGUUUCAGACCAAGAGGCCCGCCUCAACUGCCGGCCUGCCCAGUCCACAGGCUCCAUUUCCUGUACAGGGGAGCUACACCAAUGGAGCCUGUCCUUCAACACCCACCAAUACAUAUACAUCGAAUGGGCCUUAUCCAGCUACCCCUACAGGUAUUUCAAAUCAGGGGUAUUACUCUGGAUCCCACAAUGUUCCUGGAUCCUAUUCUACAGGCCAAGGUCCAAUUAUAGUCACCCCAGGUGUGGCCACAAUCCGCCGCACCCCAUCCUCCAAGCCCUCUGCCCGCCGUUCAGGCUCAGUUGUAGGUACAGGUCCCAUUCCUAUUCGUACGCCAGUCGUGCCAGUCAAAAUUCCAACAGUUCCCGACACAUUGGUGGUAAAUGGGAGCAGGAGUGUAGAAGAGAUUGCAGGGAGCCCAGACUCUACCACAUUUCCACAAGGUGACAAUGGAGUGCUGCCAGUGGCAUCUUGGAGCGGCCAGGCAUCGACCAAUCCUCCCACAGUCCCGCUGCCCAACCAACUGGCCGAGCAGCACCCGCACAGUGAGCUAGGAGGAAAUGAGGCAGGAGACGAGGCAGAUGGCAACAUGUUGGUGGCAAUCCGCCACGGAGUAAAGCUCAAGAGGACCCUCACCAAUGACCGCUCAGCACCUCGGAUUGCCUGA